CCAGCCUAUUGGUCGCUACGAUGAUAUGUGGGCUGGAUGGUGCACCAAGGUGAUUACUGAUCAUUUGAGCCUGGGUAUUAAGACUGGUAUGCCCUACAUCUGGCACAGCAAAGCAAGCAACCCGUUUGUGAACCUAAAGAAGGAAUACAACGGCAUCUUCUCGCUGGAGGAGCUGAUCCCCUUCUUCCAGUCUGUGACCCUCUCAAAGGAGGGCACCACUGUCCAGAAGUGUUACCUUGAGCUGGCCAAGCAAGUGAAGGUGAAGCUCGGCAAGGUGGAUGGCUACUUCAACAAGCUUGCUGAUGCCAUGGUCACAUGGAUCGAGGCCUGGGACGAGCUUAACCCACCAAAGGGUGCAAUCACCACCACAAACGGCCCUGCUCUGAAGAGCAAGUGAGAGGCAGUAGCAUACAUAUAUAGUUCGCUUGUUCAUGUGAGCUACCCACACUGAAAUACUCGUGUUUUGGUUAGUGUUGAUGAACUGAGAAAUAUCACUUCGUUGUAACUUAAAAUUUACCUUCUUCC